CUACAGAUAAGGAAUCAAAACAAAAGGCAAAAAAUUAAAUGUCCUAUGUUGAUAUCAUGCGGAACGAGCAAAUGUUUUUGGAAUUAAACAACAAAGACAACAUAAAGUUGUAUAAAUUAUACACACACACACGUGGAUGCAACAAAUCUUACGAUGCGGAUCUGGUGAUGAAUCUAAAGGAUCACCCAAACGCCAAUGUGGGAGAUGUGGUGGAGAUUUAUGCCCAUAACGAGGAGAACGAUACUCGCCUACUGCUCCAGAUAACAGAGUUCAAUGGAAGCUGCGGUCGAGACUUGAUAAGCAUUGAAUCGGGCAUCGCACAUGCCUUUAAAAUGCGUCCUUAUUCCAAUGUGGUUAUGCGCAAAGUCAACCCGGCGGAUGUGGCCCUAGAUUCCAUAGAAAUCACCUUCAAGGACCAGUACAUGGGCCGCUCUGAAAUGUGGCGCCUAAAGACAUAUUUGACGGACACCUGCGUUUAUGUGAACAAGAAGAUCGACUACAACGACAUGCAAAUCCGGUGUCAAGUUUACGAAAUGUGGUCUCAGGGAGAACGUGUGGCCAGCGGCGUUAUCACGGAGGAUACGAAGAUCGUCUUUCGCAGCAGUACAUCGAUGGUCUACCUUUUUCUACAGAUGUCCUCAGAGAUGUGGGACUUUGACAUCCACGGAGAUCUGUACUUUGAGAAGGCAGUAAAUGGCUUUUUGACUGAACUCUUUCAAAAGUGGAGGAAGUUGAGUUGUAAUCAUGAGGUUACCAUCGUGCUGUUCUCCCGCACCUUCUAUGCAGCGAAGAGCCUGGAUGAGUUCCCCGAGCACAUGCGCGACUGCCUGCAGCAGGACUACAAGGGUCGCUUCUAUGAGGACUUUUACCGCGUGGCCAUCCAGAAUGAGCGUUGCGACGAUUGGUGUACGGUCCUUGGUCAGCUGCGCAAGUUAUUUACUUCCUACCAGGCGACUGUUCUGCGCUAUCACGAAAGAGAGAACAUGAAGAUUCCCCCGGCCACGAAUUCCUCGGCCACGCAGGGAAACUUUUUGGAAGUCCUGAAUAUUUCCCUCAACACAUUUGAAAAACAUUACCUGGACAGAACAUUCGACCGCACCGGCCAGCUUUCAGUGGUCAUAACCCCGGGCGUUGGUGUCUUCUCCGUGGAUCGUGAGCUGACCAAUAUCACCAAGCAGCGCAUUAUUGACAACGGAGUGGGCAGUGAUCUUGUGUGCGUGGGAGAGCAACCCUUGCAUGCCGUGCCACUUCUUAAAUUUCACAACAAGGACACCACCUUGACGUCCGCCGAUGAUUACUCCCUGCCCCACUGGAUAAAUCUAAGCUUCUACUCUACGAACAAAAAGAUAGCAUAUUCCAGUUUUAUUCCCAGAAUCAAACUGCCCCUUUUUGGCUCCCAGUUGACCCUCUACGACGGCGCAGGUGAAGGAGAAGGCGAGGAGAACGAGCGUCACUUUCUUAGCUGCAAUCAGUCGGAGUACAAGCACAAUUCGCUUUUCGAUUACGAUGCGUAUGACGAGCAAAUCUUUCAGCCGUUGCCAGCUCAAAGCACUUGCUCCUUGCAACGGGUGGUGAGGGCCAAGAAGACAUCGGUGCCCAGCUUGGAGACCUAUGCUUAUAGGAACAACGACUGGGAGAACCUAACACCCACGCAAAUCCCGGCCAUGCGGCGCAAGAUGUCCGAUCCGGACAUUCAUCACGGAACUUCUGCAAUGUUGGCGGCCUUGCAGCCCGAUACCACAAAUCUUUCGGAGUCCCUGGCUUCAGAGAAAAACUCCCGCAGGGCCAUCGUCAGCAUUGCUCCCAUAGUGCGACCUGGUCGUGCUUUGAUCAACCCUUUUGAUCCCUCGCAAGUUACCAUUAAGCUGACGUCCAAUCGCCGCCGCUGGACGCACAUUUUUCCGAAAGGACCAACCGGAGUACUCAUACAGCAGCAUCACUACCAAGCAGUGCCGGCCAAAACCACACAAGCGGGUCAGCAGCGACCAUUGCAACAGAUUCAAAACAACAGCCAGAGCGGUAGCAUAAACAACAACGACCAAGAGGACUAUGGAUGUGAGAGUAACGAGCAAUAUGACCGAGUGUCUAGUCACUCCUUGCUCAGCAAGUCAGCCUCCUCGCAAAGUUUCGUGAUGGGUGAUGAAAAAAUUGAUUUUUUCAAGAGACGUCAGAAUUCCCUGAUGAACGCCCUACCUGCCAAUGUUCCCAAUCUAACCGCCACCCAGGCCAAAUCCUAUCUUUGGGGAGCCACCGGGGAGCAGGAGUGGACGCCAGCAAUUACCACGGUCAAGCAUCUGAGGCCAAUCGUCGAGGGCGAGCAUCAUCAUCAAUUGGGCGGCCUGGAGGCACUAAGGGCUGUAGAUCCGACCACUGGUAUGGAGGCGGGCGGCGGAAGAGGAAAGAUCAUCAUAGGUGUCGACUGGAAGUCGCUCACAAUUCCCGCCUGUCUGCCCAUCACCACGGACUACUUCCCGGACAAGCGUUCGCUGAACAACGAUUAUGUGAUCUCGGAUUACACUCUGCUGCCGGAUGACGUGAAUCAUGACUACGCCCAGAGUAGAGCUGUGUACCGAAAACCUCUUUCCACGGAGGAGGUGUGCAAGGAGAUCGUUUCCCAGCGGCUGGCCCAAGGCUUCCAGCUGAUCGUGGUGGAUGAAAAGCCACCGACGGCGGGUGGUUGCUCUUCAGCAUCCGCCGUUCUGCCGGUGAAGCCUCCAUGUGAAACAAACAAGGAGUACCUGCUGUCCAUUGGCCGCAUUUUUCACAAGAUCUCGUUGACAGGAUCCGUAAUCACUGUUACGGGUUACAGACCCAGACACCCUUAUCCCCCCAUAAAUGUUGACUAUCGCUACCGUUUCCAUGCUCCUCAACACGAGACAUAUGAAAUCUCAGGUGUGAACUUCACCACGGAAAAGCUAGAGAACUUCAACUGGAACCACAUGGACCUAUACAUUUGUACCAGGGGAGAUGUGGAUUAUCCAUUAAUGGAGAGCCUCAAGUACUGGCGUUAUCGCAUGUAUCUGCUGCCCAGGGAAAAUAUUGUGAGCAAAAUCGCCAGUUGCCAGCGUUGCGAUAUCUUUCCCGAUGCGACUGCGGAUAAUACCCGGGAACAGGUGGAGGACUUUGUCCGCCUCAUCGAGGCGGUCAGCAAGCUGAAGCGCCAAUUUGCGCGCAAGGCGAGAGACAGCCCCAUCGCCCACAGCAUAACCAAGCGACGACACAGUACCAGCAUUAUAUCCAGGCCUCAGCCUAACCAGGGACUUACAAACUCUCCGUUCCGAGAGCGAGUCGGCAGUAAUCGACUGCCGGAAAAGCGACCAAGCAUUAAUGUGCGUCCCAAGUUGGAAAGUGGACGGAUACCGCGUAUAUUUCCCGCCACCGAUGCAGCAGCUGCUGCAGGAACUGCAGCCAGAGAUGACCAGGAUGAUGGUUUCCCCGUUGACAUCAAGUUUAGCCCGAAUGCCACGCUUGUCGAGAUUUUUGAGGCCAUGAAGCAUCCUGUAACAGGAGUCGGUUACUUCUCACAAACCCAAUCGCUGCCCUCCUGCACAUUUGUGUCCUACGAUGCUUUGAUGUGGUUGAAAACCCGCCUACACCAUGGAAGACAUCCCUUAGAGUUGCUGGAGGCAAUGCGCAAGGAGCGUAUGAUUUGCCAUGCUUCGGGAGAUUGGAAGAAGCCUGUGGUGCCUGGUUUUGUGUUCUACUAUGUGGUGCAGCAGGACAAGAAUGCCAAAGAUUACGCCCCGCCACUAAAUGAUUACAGUGCCUUUGUUAACGAAUGGCUGGAGAUUGAGUUUCAGGGUUGCAAUUUCCUCUGGCAUGAUGAGCCAGUGACCACGUCAGUGCCCAAUUUCCUGAGAGAUUCACCCGCUCCGCAAUCCUGGACAGAAACCUGCAGUAACAAACGCGUUUACCGCCAGUCGCAUUUGGAGAUCGACGUGAAUCAGAAAAGCGAUCGCAUGGAAUGGGGUCAUGUCAAACACCACACAGUUCUGCAGCCGGGUUUCGCCUUCGAGAUUGUGGUCGAGUGGGUCACCUCGUCGGGUCCCAUAGUAGCGGAUUUGAUUGGUGGCUGGAUGCGCAAGGCGAAUCAGUUUAACUUCCUGGUCUCAGUUCCAGCAGAUCCCAUGGCAGAGCCUUUUACCAAGAAAUCUGAUCCUCUGAGGGGACCUAUUUUUAUUCCUCUGUGUACUACAUUCCUGCCCAAUGCAGCUGGACUUUUCGAUGAGUUUCCCGAGGAAAGCCGAUCGGAUCGCAUGUUGUUCCUGCAGGAAGCUAUUUUGGGCAAGUUCGGAUUUUUGCCCUGCGUCUUGGAAAAGAAGUACAGCAUUGGCAAGGAUCUGCCUAAGGAGUACCAGUACGUGCACCGCACUGGCAACAUGUUUGCUUUAAUACGAUGCGCUUCCAACAACUACCAGGUUGAGUCUCCCAUCCUGCAGGAGGCGAACGUCACACGCUGCGUCUAUGGGCACACGAACAACACGAAUGUGCCCAAGAAAGUGGGUUUUCUGUGGGCCUGGAAUCACAUGAUUCCCAACAAGAAAUGGAAGGCACAGACCAUUAGCAACUCCGCCGACGGGGAACUUUUUCAGCUUAAGUUGUUAAAGGAUUUCCGAGAGUUUUGUUCGAACAGCGAUCUACGUCUCUCUACUUUCUGGUCACAGUCGCAGGAACUGAAGUGCAAGGCCCAAAAGUUCGAGUUCAACAACAAUAACACCGAUGAGGUAAAGGUUACAUAAAGUUGCUUCGCAUUUUGAGUUGUAAAUACAAAAAAUAUAGGAUCAUACAUCGUAUCGAAUAAAAACUUGACUUGUUUUUAAAGCUUGAAAAAGUUCACAUG